AAGCUUUUUAAAUUCCCCAUAUAGGGAUCUCCCAUUCGCUAUUCUGUAUGACUGGUUGUGGAGAGAUAGUGCUAAUGGAUGUAUAGGCGGUUCAUAGCUUAGAGAUUGUGCCGCGUCGGAUCGGAAGAGCUAUGCAGUAGACAAUGCAUGAACAAAUAAAGUAAAUGUCCUAUAUUCUACAAUGAAUUAAUAUUUGGCAGUCUUUCUUUGCAACUAGGUACAGAGAUUGUGCAUCACACACUCUUUUUUUUUGUUUGUUCAUCAUGUCUACCAAUGAAAGGGCUGAUGCCUGCCCUACCAGCUCUGGCUCCCCCUCGCACCUGGGUGACUCCGACAUAGAAUCAGAUACUCCGACAAAAAGCAGUCAAAAACAGUUAACUGUCACAUUUCGAAACCUGACAGUAACCGCAAAUGGGACCGAUUUACAUUAUGGUGACACAGUCGCUUCCGCAAUCAAUCCGGUCAGCCUCUUUCCAUGGAGAAAGCAAAGUGCUCCGGAAAAGUUCAUUCUGCACAACGUCACGGGACAACUGAGACCAGGCGAAAUGUUGCUGGUCCUUGGCCGACCUGGUGCUGGCUGCACUUCUCUUCUGCGCAUGAUUGCCAACGAACGAAAUUCUUUCCCUUUGAUCAAGGGAGAUGUCAAUUUUGGCUGUGCAAACCACCAAGAGGCGGCAACAUUUCGACAGCAGAUGCUCUUCAACAGUGAAGAUGACAUCCAUUUCCCGAACCUGACUGUUUCGCAAACCCUAGACUUUGCUCUUCGAAACAAGGCUUCGAAGAAUCGACAAGCCAAAUCAUCGUCAGACAAUGAUUCCAUCGUGAAAAAGGAAGACAUUUUGGAACAGCUUGGAAUUCCCCAUACCGAGAAUACAUUGGUGGGCAAUGAAUUUGUGCGCGGAGUGUCAGGGGGGGAAAGGAAGCGGGUGUCGAUUGCGGAGAUGCUUGCGGGACAGGCUCCCGUACAAUGUUGGGAUAAUGCCACAAGAGGUCUAGACGCCAGCACAGCGCUCGACCUCGGGCGUGUGCUUCGCCGAACAGCACGAGAACAACAAAAGUCGAUCGCGGCCUCAUUCUACCAGACAGGCAAUGCACUGUAUGAACAAUUCGAUAAGAUUCUUGUCUUAUGUGAAGGAAGAACAAUCUAUUAUGGUCCACGAAAUUGUGCCAAAGGCUACUUCGAAGAAAUGGGCUUUGUAUGCCCACCCGGAGGCGCCGUUGCAGACUUCUUGACGGCAGUACCUGUACGCACAGAACGUAUCAUUCGGCCUGGCUUCGAGGACAAGGUACCCAAUACUGCCGAAGAAUUUGAGUCAAGAUACUAUCAAAGUCCUAUAUGGAAGGCAGCCGAGAAGAAUAUGGUUGAUUGUUCCACUCUGGAAUACGAGGUAAGUAAUUUGAGGGAUGCCAUAGCUAGGGAAAGGGAGAGAUAUCCCUUGCUCCGCAAUACACCUAGUAUCUACAGUACUAGCUUGAUUCAACAAAUUCGGGCUUGCACAAGAAGAUCUUUCCAGAUCAUGUGGGGAGAUCGUUGGUCCCUCGCCAUCAUGGCUGUUUCGGCUUUUAUUCAGGCUUUAGUUUGCGGAUCACUCUUCUACAAUCUUUCGAAUACCAGCGGCUCGGUGUUUCUACGCCCCGGUGUACUUUUCUUUGGAAUACUUUACUUUGGACUCCAGUCUCUCGCCGAAACCACCGCAUCAUUCGCUGGAAGACCAAUCCUUUCGCGCCAAAAACGCUUCGCGUUCUAUCGACCAACGGCCUACUGUAUUGCACUGGUUCUCGUGGACAUACCCGUAUAUAUGGCUCAAGUCACGCUAUUCUCUAUCGUUCUGUACUUCAUGGCUCAUCUACAAUAUGAGGCUUCAAAGUUCUUUACGUAUUGGAUCGUCCUGAACGUUACCGUGUUUUGUUUCGCUUCCGAGUUCCGGGCCAUAGGAGCGCUCUUUAAGCAAUUCGGAAACGCUUCCAAAGUUUCCGGGUUCAUUAUCAUGAUUAUGAUGGUCUGUGCAGGCUACUUGAUUCCAUUCACCUCGAUUCACGUCUGGUUCCGGUGGAUCUUCUACAUUAACCCGGCCGCAUAUGCCUUCGAGUCUCUAAUGGCUAAUGAAUGGAGCGGUCUCAGACUAGAAUGCCGUUCACCUCAAUUUGUUCCGUAUGGAGCAGAAUAUACAAACGACAGUUAUCGCUCAUGCACUGUACCCGGAUCUCAAGGUUCGAUCAUACCGGGAGAAAGCUAUAUAUCUGCCCAGUACAACCACUCUCCUUCUCAUAUCUGGAGAGGCUUCGGUAUUAUCAUUGCGUUCUGGGCAUUCUUCAUAUUUCUCACUAUCUUGGGCUUCCAACGAGAGUACGACUCGGGCGGCUCGCGUCUAAUCUUCAAACGUGAUAGCCACACCAGCGUGGACUCACGAUCGUCCGACGAAGAAAAAAGGGGGGAUAACCCCGCGUCCCAGCCUGGACUGAAAGGACCACCAGUAGAAGACACUGCCGCAUCUGCUCAUCAGUCGACUCUCACAUGGAAGAAUCUGAACUACCAUGUUCGCCACGAAGGUGCGGAAAAGCAGUUGUUGCACGAAGUAUGUGGCUUUGUCAAACCUGGUCAUCUUCUCGCUCUGAUGGGGACUUCAGGCGCUGGAAAGACCACACUUAUGGAUGUUCUAGCACAGAGAAAAUACGUGGGGCGGAUUGAAGGCUCCAUACAUGUGGAUGGUGUUAUACAAGACCUCAAUUUCCAACGAACCACUGGAUACUGUGAGCAGAACGACGUUCACGAGCCUACUACAACUGUGCGCGAGGCUCUUGUAUUCUCUGCCCGCCUUCGCCAGGAUCAUGAUAUUCCGGACCAAGAUAAACUGGACUACGUCGAUCAUAUCAUCGAUUUACUCGAGCUCCAGGAUAUCCAAGAUGCCAUAGUUGGUGUGCCAGGUGCCGGUCUGUCUAUUGAGCAAAGGAAACGACUUACUCUGGGUGUAGAGUUGGUGGCGAAACCGAAACUAUUAUUCUUGGAUGAACCGACCAGCGGUCUCGACGGUCAAAGCGCGUACAACAUUGUGCGCUUUAUGCGCAAACUUGCUAGUGGUGGGCAAGCCAUAGUAUGUACCAUUCACCAACCGUCCGCUACUCUUUUCAACUCAUUCGAUUCCCUGUUAUUACUGGCGAGAGGUGGUCGUACUACCUAUUUCGGCGAAAUGGGCCAGGACUCGGCUAUACUUCUCGAUUAUUUUGCACGAAACGGCGCACCAUGCGGUCAGGAUGUCAAUCCAGCAGAGCACAUCAUCGAUGUAGUUCAAGGAAGGAAGGGGCCAUCGCAAGAUUGGACGCAGACCUGGUUGCAAUCUCCUGAACGGGCAAGGGCUCUGAGUGAAUUGGACCGACUUGAUCGCUCUUCACAUUCACCACAAGACCAAGAACAGAAGCCGCCACUGAAAACUUUUGCUACGCCCUUAUUGCACCAGAUGAAGAUUGUGACAGUUCGCCAGUCGAUUGCCCUAUGGAGAAACCCUGACUACGUCUGGAAUAAAAUUCUCCUCCAUGUUAUCCAGGCAUUGUUCUCCGGGUUUACCUUCUGGAAAGUCGGCAAUAGUGUUUUCGACCUUCAGCUGCGCCUUUUCGCUAUUUUCAACUUCGUCUUCGUCGCACCAGGUGUCAUCAACCAGCUGCAACCCUUGUUUAUCCACAAUCGCGAUAUAUUCGAAACACGCGAGAAAAAGGCUAAUACGUAUCAUUGGUUCGCUUUCGUCUUUGCUCAAUGUGUUGCCGAGAUCCCAUGGCUCAUCGUCUGCGGCACGCUGUAUUUCGUCUGCUCCUACUUCUCUUCUGGCUUCCCCCUCGCCAGCUCCGUUUCAGGCCAAAUAUACUUGCAGAUGAUCCUCUACGAGUUUUUGUAUACCUCCAUCGGCCAAGCUAUUGCUACCUACGCACCCAACGAGUUUUUCGCAUCUUUGAUGAACCCUAUCAUCAUAGGAGCCGGCCUCAUCUCUUUCUGUGGGAUUGUGAUUCCAUACAGCCAGAUUACCGCUUUCUGGCGAUAUUGGAUAUAUUGGCUCGACCCCUUCACGUAUCUGGUAGGCGGUUUGCUGACACAGUUGCUCUGGGAUGUGAAAAUCGAGUGCAAACCGAACGAGCUCACUACGAUCCCAAUACCUAAUGGUAGCACUUGCGGGGCCUACAUGUCUUCGUUUUUGGCCGAGAAUGCAGGCUACGUCGUCGAUCCGAACAGCAUGACUGCCUGCGAGUACUGCCCGUACAAGUAUGGGUCUGAGUAUGCGAAGACGCUCAACUUGAAUGAGAAGUACUAUGGCUGGAGAGAUGUUGGGAUUACUUUUUUGUUCUGUAUUAGUUCUUAUGCGAUGGUCAUUAUCAUGAUGAAGCUUCGUACUAAAGCUACUAAAGGGGCCACUGAAUAG